AAUUUGGUGGAUUAAUGACGAAGAAAUGACGUAAAACGGGAUUUUAUUUAAGAAUCCAUAACAACUGCCACUACCCGACAUUUAUUGUAAAUAAACAGCACGAGGGGUGAUCACUGAAGUGAGGUUAUUAAUCCUGUCAUGUGAUUUGUAAACAAGGCCCCAUCUUGAUACUGAUAGUACAAUCUAGAAGAAAGUACAACGUUUCGCUCUUUCCCAAAACAUUCAUUUUAUAACUGUUUCUAAAUCUCGUUACCAAAUAAGGUGCCGGAUACAAUUUCGAUCGAUGUGAAUGUCAAAAUGUGACGUCCAUUCACAAUCUUUACAAGACUACAUGACCUCACGCCACAGUUUGUUAUCGGACUAACUGUUCAUCGGGUCCCAUGACUGGUUGUGCGAUCACAAGACGUUCAGUAGUACAAGCUGAUGUCUAAUACCCCAAGGAUUAUCGAUUGUCACGCCUACUUUAAAUAGACCUGUAUCUAACAUCGCAUUUACAUGAGUGUUACAUAUUGUACUAUCAUCACGAGGUGGUAUAUGAUAUGUAUGCACGUGAUGGCCUUUGACACAUCAUCAUAGUAUGAUCAAUUCUACCUGAGGGGGUAUUCAAUGAACUACUGUGAUUGACAUAUUCUGUAAAAUUUAAACAUGGUAAUUGUCUGGCAUCAUUUGAUAGUAAGAUAGUAGUACUUGAGAAUUUAUAAUUAUAAUAUAAAUUAACAAAAAAAAAAGUAUGGUGCAGUUUUUAAGUAUCGGUACUAGUAAUUACAAUAUCAAUGCAUUUAGGAAUGGGUGUUAUUCAGAAAAAAGACAGGAUCAAUUCAAAUUUGAUAAAAAUAAGAUACGAUUGAUUAUUUAUAAAGAUUAUGAUCGAGGCAGGACCCCAUUAUUUGACUCUUCUGCCAUCAAGAGAGUUGAAGAUGUUCCUCAGCUUCAGAAUAAAAGAUGUGGAGCGAGGAAUGGUCAUAUUGGUCACCAGAGAAUUCAAAUGACCCCUGAAUCUAGUCCUUGUCAAAAAGGUCAUCCCAACUCGAAGUAUCAGUUCCAGAAAUUAGGAGGUGAUGUAAAAGUUAUAGAAGAGAUGAUGUUUGGUGCUGUAGCAAUGGCUUACCGUGGGUCAUCUUUUAAAGUUCAUCAUAUUAGAACACCAUCUCGGCUUAUGCUAACCAAAGUUUUCUUGUCAGAAAAACCAAAAAGAGAAUCAGGGAGUGAAAUAGAAGAUGAUUCUUGUAGUUUACCAAAUCAUACAGGUGUGUUUCCUACACCUCGUAAUGUUACUAUUCAACCAACCAGUGGAAAGAGCAUAGCUCAAAGUAUACCAGUAGAUGUUCCAUCACCUGAUAGUUUAUACAGUUCUUCAUUAGAUACCCUAGAUGAAGAUAGUGGUCUAGCAUCAUUUACAUCAAGUGGGAGUUUUACAGCACCAUUUCCCUCACCUAGUAAUAGUGGUAACAGUGGUAGUAGUUAUAAUAGUCUACACAGACGGUGGAUGAGGACUCAGACCACAUCACUAGGUCGUAAAACAACAGAACAGAAAUCAGUAGAUAAGGCUUUACAAAUAAAGAAGAAAAGUAAAGUGGGUAUAGCUAUAUUAAUUGAUACACCAGAAGAAAGACAUGAAGAAAGUAGCAGGUUAUUUCAAGAGUUUUUCUUCUCUCAUAUUACAUUGUUUGAAGGUCACGUGAAUAAAUUAGAGAAUGUGGUAGCCAGUGCUUUAUUUAAUCAUAGAAAUUUUAUACCAUUGGUUAUGGAUGCACUAGAUGUUCUGCGUAAUGAUGUGUUUGAUCUGUAUAUGGCGCCACGUCUGUCUGAACCUGUUUGGUUGAAUAUGAUGUCAUAUAGUACCAAUCGUUACGCUUUAUGUAAAGAUUUUAUGAAUGACUUUAUGACGCUGGUAGCCAAAUACGACAAUAAAAGUACAAAAUUUUUUAUAUCGACGUUAAUAUCAGCGGUUUUAACACAUCACCUAGCCUGGGUUCCUACAGUAACACCGGCAGGAGGAACGCUGUCUACAACAUAUGAAGAAAAACAUUCGGCUAAAUGGAUUGAUGAUUUAGCUAAAGUUCACCCGUAUAAUCCACUGUGGGCCCAGUUAAGUGAUUUGUAUGGCGCAAUAGGCUAUCCUUUAAAACAAGCCAGAACAGUUGUAGUUGGAAAAAAUGCAGAUCUAGUGAAAAAAGUUUUAACAAUUCUGAGUUACUUUAUUCGUUGUAGUGAUAUUCACGAAUGUACUGACUAUACUAAUCUAUCUUCCUAUAUAGCGGAUAUUAAAUUUGACGCUUCUCCAACACUCAGUGAUAGAACAUCAGUAGGAAUACUCACUCCUGCUGACGAUUCCAAUUCAAACUGUAGCUCUAGUCAUUCAGCCAACCAUAGAAUGAUCACAAGUACGUCCAGUUUAGAUUUUGGCAGUUACGAUAAAGCCAACAACGAAUUUUCAAAAUCCGAUUCCAGAGACAAAGUAAAUAAAGUUUUAACACCCAAUUUAAGUGAAUCUUUGAAAGAAAAUCAGUUUCAUUUUCCGAGAGAUGUCGGUGAGAUUACUGGAAAUGUUUCUGUUCCGUGUAGUUUGUCCGCGUUAAAAGUGAUAGAAAACAGUAAAAUUGAAACCGUUCAACAAGUGUUCAGGGCAGCGCCUAGUAGAGAAAUAUCCUUCGAAGAUCAGAAAGGGGAAUAUUCGCAGAGUUUCGGCUCCAGUGGAAAAUUAAAAUCCAAACUGUCACAGCAACUAGAAUCGGAAACUAAGCUCUCAAGAAAGGAAAUUGCAAAAUUAUAUAUUAAGGAAGGUAGUAAUAGUAUGUUUGAAGAAUAUUAUGAUUCCGGUAUCGAAACAAAGACAAUAGAUGAGAUAGCAGAACACGACCGAGUUGUCAGCCUUCCUUUGGUAUCACCCAGUGUUGUUGAAUUAGAAUCUUUUAAUUUGAGCAAUAAAUCAAACAAAGAGAGAAAAAUGUCAUCACGUCAUAACAGUGUUGAUAGAAGUAAACUCAGCAGGCCCAAAACUCUUGUUCCAGGUAGAUGCAGAUCUGUCACACCAACUGAACUAAACAGACGUCGUCAUCCAUCUUCAGCUAGUAUUGAUUUCGAUCAUUUUGAUCCAUUCGUAGAUUGUAAUGAAAUUCCUCUUCCCAUGUUUGAUAAUGAAAUAACCUCUAAAAGCAUUCAAAGAAUGGAUAAGAAUUUCGGACGAUCUUUACUGGCUGGAAUAUCAGACCAUUAUUUAUCUGAUUUUGUUCUACACGGUACCAAAGACACAAAUUUCCGCCCAAAAUUAUUGAAUGAUUUACAAAUGGCAGUACAACAAUCGGUGCUAGAUGAAGAAGUAACAGAGGCUGUUUGUAUUAUAGCAGAUAUUGAUAAUUGGAAUGUUGAGAUAGCAAGCAGUAAAUUAAUAGAGAAAUAUCCAGCUGGUAGUACGACAUGUGUAGCAUCACAGUUAGUUUGUAACCUGGUGGAAUCAGUACUAGAUCUAUGGAAGCUUAAGAUGAGUCCAGAAUUUUGUAUGAUGCAUUUAGAAGACCGACUGCAAGAAAUUUAUUUUAAAAGUAUGAUGGUGGCUGAAUAUCGUAUUGGUGUGGAAAGAACAAAUGUUAAAGAUUUAACUACUACAUUAGGAUUUGAUUUGAGUGAUUAUCAUUUAUUAAUGGCCGUGGCAGCUACACAUUCACCUCAUCUGAUCUCACAACCUACUACUCAAUAACUCUGCAAUCAGUCACCAUUUCUAUUGGAAGCAACAGAAGUUUCUGGAAAUGGUUCAUCUUGAUGAGAUGAUGAUAAUUAGAGGAUACUGGAUUGAACGUUCUGGAAUCAAAUUCUCUCAAUCCCACGUAUAUUUCAACCAACCAUGACAGCUGAAGGUUUUUCGUUGUAUUUAAUUACGUCACGAUUCUACUUACACCACCUCAGUUGUUGGAACUGACAGAACUGGGAGAGGACUGAAUUUGCGUUCUGCCAAUUCAGGACGUUCCGGAUUUACAAUCAAGCCCCCCCUUGUCAAUAAUGCAUCUUGAUACACAGAUGUUCAUAGACAGUUAUAGGUUCACCCUAAUACACAAAUGAAUUAAUGAUAUUUGUUAUCAGCUAAGCUGAUGUUAUAAUUAUUUAAAGCCAAUGAUUAGAAGUUGCAUUUUUGCCACAAUAUCCCAUUUCGUAUGACUUGACCCAUGCUACUGUGUACUUAAAUUGAUUAUUCAACAUUUACAAAAAAUAAACCAAAAUUUCUAUGGUAGAUAAUCUCCUAGCUCUGAUUCAAUUGGAUUAUAAAGUGACCUAUCAAAAUAUUUUACCCAACACUGGCUUUUAUAGGUUGCAGAGAAAGCCAGAUAUUAAAAUACUUUCUGAAUAAAUAUUGAAGGAAUUGAACUGGUAUUUCUUGUAGAGGGUCAAUAUUGUAGUUGGCAAGUAUUUGUAUAUCAAACACUAAUCAAAUUCGUUUCGAUGGUAACACAAAAAUGAUUAAAUCCAAAAAAUUGCUGGAAGCAAAUGGCACAACUACAAUAAUAGGUUGACUAUGUGUACUAAGAUAUGCUUCAGAAGCAAAAUUUGGAUGGGACGGGAGCCCAUUUCAAAAUUACUCCCUUUACUCAUUCUGCGUGAGAUAAUAUAAUAGAAGACAAAGUUAUUGUUGUGAAAAUAAUUGUAUAUUUUAAAGUAAAUGAAUUGAUAUGAUACAUGAUAAUUCAUGCUAGAGAAUAUAUUUAAAAUGCAUGAAUGAGUAUUUAUUUAAUGUUGAGUGAGAAUUUUACCAUUGUAACUAUAAUUCGGAUUAACGCCACACCUAUUUAAUUUUCUGCUCUUUGGGAACACUUAUUAAAAAUUAUUAAAAAUUCUGCCUCCAAUUUCUUCAGGAAAAAACUAAUUUAAAAACAAAUAGUACUUAGUUGCUUUUAGUUUCAAAUAUUUAUGUUUUGAAAUGUUAACAAUAACAUUGGUAUUUUUUUUUUAUAUCAAGACCCCGAAGAACUAAACAUUAAAUUGAUAUGGCCUAAGUAAUAAACAAUGAGGAUGAGAAAUUGUUUAAUGAUAUUUUGUGUUUAUAAAUAUUUAGAUCUGAUCUUCCUAGUAUUGAUGUAGGUAGUAAUUGUUGUCAUAAACCAAACGUCUUUCUUUCUCUUAAUUUAAACUAUGGCAUCACAACUCAGGUCCUAAUAUCACUUUAUAAAAUUGUUUCUUGAAGCAGUUUGUUAUUAUUCAAAUGUGAGUAUUGAAUGUUUAGUAGCCAUUGGCAAAUUAAGUGUUUAUGUAAACCCCAGGUUGGGUUUUAACUAACCUAUAUUAAACAUGUAAACAUCAAUUUUAAAAUAACAAGUGUAUUAGGUUUAUGAUGAUGUUUGUCAUUAGUUAAUAUAUAAUCUUUAUAUGUUAUAAACCUUCCAAUGUUAUAUUGUUUUACUAUUGCAUAAUCUGUUCAUUGUUUAUUUUAGUAAGUAGCCUACCCAUUUAUGGUAAGAUAAUAAUCUGAUAUUAAACAGCUUUAUAAACUAUCAAUUAUUGAAAACUUUCUUUUAAAGAGGCAUUAUGCAACAGGUAAAUAUGCCUAUUGCAGAGCAUGUUUUUGGCUUCAAAUGUUAUAUAAAUUAUUAUUUCGACUUAUAUUCACAUGACAAGCCCAUAAUCGGAUGGCUUAGAUAUCAAGUAGAUUAGGCAAUGUCCGCUAAUCUGCGUUAAAUGCCAAUAUAGUUGCCCGGACUGAAAUUUUCUGAAAAUGUAUAACACAGCUUUCUAUUCUCACAUAUAGUCUAUUUAGAUUAAAAGUAAUACAAAUUUUAUUGCAUCCAUGUCUGAAACCCAGUAAAAUAAGCCAUUCAUAACGUUGCUUAGAAUAAACUAAUUUGACUGAGAUUUUCAGUAUACAUUUCUAUUUAUCUAUUUUGGAACUUUUAUAGCAUGAACAACAAUUGUAUAAUGCCUCUUUUAACUCUGUAGAAUAAGAUUGUAAUCUAAUAUACAUUAUGUAAAGUUGUAUUAUUAUCUGAUUGCUCAUUGGAUCUUAUGUUUAUUUUUUCUAUAUUGUGAUAUUUAUCUUAAAAUGGUUAUCACAGGUUAUAAUUUAUAUUGCCAUAUCCUAGUAUAGUAGGAUUGAGCGAAAUAGCUAUGUUUAUCUUUGUUUAAUUUGUAAGCUAUAAGGCACAUCAUAUUGUGCUUAAAAGUGUCAAAAGAUCAAAAACAAUGUACAUUAUUCCGUAAUAUAGCCUUUAAUUUUUCCUAAUGAAGCCUAUAUGAUACCUACAUGUAUGUUUCUGUCUUCUUCAGUUUAUCCCCAGUAUGUAUGUUAAUGUUAUGAUAUGAAUGUACUAAUUUAAGAAUGAUAAAGUUGAAAUUAUCAAAAGAA